CUAAGCAGUGUCGAUCCACACGCCUCCACACCGUCACCUCCCCCCGCCACCCCACUCCACGCCUGUCUGGAGCCAUUCUUUAACCGAUAGUCCAUUAUUUUUAAAACCGAGUCUUUGUGCCCAGGUCAGAAUAGGAAGAAACAGGAGAAAUUAUCCUUCGAAGACAUAGUGUGAGGAAGAUCGCUUCCAGCAGGCGCUGUCGCCAUCUUCAGAAACUCAAAUGUUUUAGUCAGAAAAGAGGCAGCGCUGGGGAGAAAAAUCAUUAAAGUUACUCCAUCCUGGUUGGGGUGAAAGGAUGAAUUUGUGAUCAGAACCUCGCUGGCAGCCUCCCUUUGUAUUCUACAUCAUUGUGCAGGCGUGACAAGCAAAAGGGUUUAUUUCCCAGUUGGGAGCUUUAGGAGACUCUCUGCUUGCAGCAGAAACCUUCAUAGCGCAACAACUUCGAAACUUACCGCUCCGUGAACAUGCCGAAGAACAAGGGAAAAGGGAAAGGAAAUAAGGAUGAAAAGGCUGAUCCAAAACCCAUGGAAUCAGAUACAGAGAAGGCAAUGGCUAGUGCUGCUUUGUGGGAAUCGAGACUGAAUGCUGCUGAAAAGUCGCGUAUAGAGUACCGUGACACUGCACGGACUCUUGCCAGGACCAAUGAAACCUUAAUGAACGAUCGGUUUCAGGUAGAGAAGGAUGCCAUGGAAGUGAUCUCAUACUUAAAGAAACAGGACUUGGAGAAAGAGACAAUGAUCAACAAACUGCAGCAGCAAUUAGUGGACCAAAAGCAACAAGCUGUGGAGGAAAACAAAACAAUUGUCGAAACCUACACCCAAAAGAUGGAACAAAUGCAAGGCAAAAUGUUACAAAAAACAAAAGAAAUACAGCUGAUUCAAGAGGAACUGAACAGGGUCAAAGAAUUUAGGAAGAAACAAGUUUUCUUGGAAAAUGAAUUGGAUGAUAUAAAGGACACAAUGAACACAACAAACAAAGAGCACAAAGAAACGCUAAGAAAACUGGAAAACAAGUUUUUUGAAGAAAAGAUGCGUUUGGAGAGGGAGGCAGAACAAAGGCUAAUUCAGCUGACUGAACAGGCUCACACUGAAGCUAUUCUGAAUCUUAAUGAAAGAUCUCGUUGUGUCUUCAAAGAAAACAUAAGGCUACAUGAGAUGGUGAAGAUCUAUAAGAAAGAUGAAGAACUUAUGAAGAAGUCUCACAAGACUCUCGAAGAAAAAAGCACACAGCUGGAGAGUGAAAAGGAAACUAAUGAGCUAUUAGUGAAAGAAAAAGUGUCACAGUCGAGACAGCAGAGAAAAAAGAUCAGUGAGCUUCAAAGGAAGGUGGAGAACCUGGAAAAAGCGCUGGGACUCAUGGCAUCUGAGUUUGAGGCAGAAAAGCAAGCGAUCAAACGAGAAACUGAACUUAGAAUGGCAACUGGCAAGGUAGAGAUUGCCAGGCUGCAGGCAGUGAUUAAAUUGAAAGACAAAGAGAUGAAUCGAGUGAAGAAGCUUGCCAAAAACAUCCUGGACCAGCGUACUGAAGUAGAACUGUUUUUCCUGCAAGCCUUGGAUGAAGUGAGGCAGCAGAUCUUCCACAGUCGGGCUCACUACAAGCAGGCAGCCCAAGUUGCAUACCAGAAAUUAAUGCUGAAAGCAAGUACUGGCAAGGAGGAAUAUCCCAAGAUCAGGACCUUUAACAAAAGCGAGCAUAGCACAAACUGUGUGUACCAAGAUAUGGAACAAGCUGAUAAGUGCACUCAUGUUGGAAAAGUAAAUAUCUCUGACUUAACUUGGGAGCAGAAGGAAAAGGUCCUGCGCCUGCUGUUUGCAAAGAUGAAUGGAUUUAAAACAAAUAGACUGAGGAGGAAACCAAUUCCUGAAAAUGGAGUGACUGCAAAGGAACCAGAAGCAGUUAGCCCUCAAGAUGAGAAGCACAAUCCGACUUUUAUCACUCAGGCUCCUGUUGAGCCUGAAUCAAGCCCUAUCGUUAGCUUAUCAGAUCAGCUGUCACAAGAAAUUAUAUUACCAGAUAUAGUGUCAAAAUAAAAGAACCAUAAAACAGUUUGAUAUAUUAAUAUGUUGAAAUGAG